UUCCCUCCUUGUGUCUUUGCUGCUUGAGCAUCUCAGGUCCCCCCAGCACAGGACAAUGUGCUCCCGGCAGGAGAAGGACCAGUGCCACAGUUACACCCGCCAGAGCUCCGGGGGCUGCCACAGCUCCGGGGGUGGGGGCUGCCACAGCUCUGGGGGCAGCUCUGGGGGCUGCCACAGCUCCGGGGGCAGCUCUGGGGGCUGCCACAGCUCCAGGGGUGGUGGUGGCUGCCACAGCUCCGGGGGUGGUGGCUGUCACAGCUCCGGUGGCAGCUCUGGGGGCUGUCACAGCUCCGGCGGCUCCGGCUGCCACGGGAAGCCCCAGAUACAGGUCCAGCAGCAGCAGCAGCAGCAGCAGCAGGUGCCCCAGGUGCCCCAGCAGAAGACGAAGUGAUGGGAGUCCCACAGCCCCAGCUCCAGCUGCAGAGGCCACACCUGGACCAGCUCCCUCCCACCUUCCCAGAGCUCCCCAGCCCCGGGGUUGUCCGGCUGCCAAAUCCCCUCCUGUGACCUCUGGAGCCACCUGGGGAAGGGACAUCACUGGUGGUUCUCUGCUGCCUUCAGCUGAUGCCCCAGGCUGUGCUU